AUGGGACAAUACUUUCAAGAUAUAUUUUCGGAACAUUUGGCGCCUCUUAAACUUGAAUUUGGUUACGUCUGCGAGAAUCCUAUUGAAUGGGAACAAAGAUUCGAACGAAAAGAUUUUGACAAUAACCGUUUUAGUGGCAAGGUGAAAUGGGGUAGCAGAAAUGGAGAAUAUGGCGAACAAUAUUGGGAUUUAAAUCAUUAACUUUAACAAAG